CAGUAAUGUCUAACUUGACAAUUAAUCCAAAUAAUAGUUUAAUGAAUAAUAAUAAUGGAGUUAUUAAUGAACUUGACAAUUCUUUAGAUGAAAAUGAAAAUUCUCUUAAUUCUCUUGACAAUUUAAUUAAUAUAUCCAAAAAAGCACUUGCUAUUUUAGAACAACAAAAAUCAUUUGUUGUGGACGUUGAAGAGUAUCAAAGAAGAAGAACAAUGCCGCUAACCUGGAAAGAUUAUAAUA